AUGUCAUAUAAACUAUCUUUGGCGCGUUCUAUUAUCAGGAAUCAAUCAAAAAAUCAGAUCCUGAGUAAUAUGACACAAAAAAAUUAUCUUGCUGCCGCUCCAGUCUCAAAGCCAGCGGUUCCGUAUCCUGUUGAUACCUCUGUUGGCCCCAUGUUUCGUUAUCAAAAAUCUCUUCCGAGGCUUCCUGUGCCUUCACUACCUGAGACUCUUGCGAAGUAUCUUAAUUCGGUCAGACCGCUUGUAAACGAAGAGGAAUUCGCGAAGACUGUAACAGCAGUGAAAGAUUUUCAAAAGCCUGGAGGAAUUGGCGAUGAAUUGCAACGACGACUCUUGUCGAAAGCAAAUAAUCCGAAUGUUAUUAAUUGGCUUGAAGAUUGGUGGAAUGACUUGGCGUAUUUUAGUUACCGGGAUCCUGUUUGCGUUAAUGUGAGUUACUUUUUCGCUUAUAAAGAUGAUAAACUCCGUAAAGAUCCUGCUGUUCGGGCCGCUUCAAUUAUCACGGCCGCUUUGGAAUUUCGGAAAUUAGUCGUGGAGGAACAAUUAGAACCCGAAUACGCGAAAAAUAUUCCUCUUUGUAUGGACUCGUAUAGGAUGAUGUUCAACGCUUGUCGUUACCCCAAAAAGCAAACCGAUUUUGAAUUAACAUUUGAUCCCGCAACAAACAACCAUGUGACCUUCAUCCGAAAAAACAAGUUCUUCAUCAUGGACUUGGUAAAAGAUGGAAAGCAGCUUUCGACUUCUGAGAUCGAAAGUCAAAUCAAAAAGAUAUAUGAACUAGCUGGCAACACCAAAGAUCCUUCAAUUGGAGCUCUCACCACUGAAAAUCGAGACAACUGGGCAGACUACCGCAAUCUAUUGUUGGCAGCCGAUCCCCGAAACGAACAAUUGCUUAGAAAAAUAGAAAGUUCUGUUUUCGCCGUUUGCCUGGAUGAUACAGCACCUGUUACACGUGAUGAGUUAAGUCACGCGUGUUGGGUUGGUGAUGGACGUAAUCGCUUUUUUGAUAAAUCUUUACAAUUCAUAGUUUUUGAAAACGGAAAGGCGGGAUUUUGUGGAGAGCAUUCUUCCAUGGAUGGAACACCGACAUGUCGACUAAAUGAUUUCGUUUGUGAUUCUAUUUUCAAGAAUAGAGUCAAUCAUGGAUCUCCUAAUGUUCGUUCUGGACUUCCGGUGCCAGAACAACUUAAUUUUACCUUGAACAAAGAUGUGCUUGAUGUGAUCGCGAAAGCCGAAAAAAAUUUUGACGACCUUGUCGCAAAACAUGACCUUCGCGUAUUGAUGUAUCAGGGGUAUGGUAAAAAUGGCAUUAAAAAGUUGGGAUUUUCACCAGAUGCAUAUGUACAAAUGAUCAUUCAGUUGGCAUAUUAUAAAAUGUAUGGAGCUUCCGUGGCAACAUAUGAGAGUGCCCAGACAAGAAAGUUUGCUCACGGCAGAACGGAAGUAUGCCGAAGUUUUUCUGUUGAUUCGGCAACGUGGGUCAAGGCUAUGGAAGAUCCACUCGUUCCAGUUGAAACCAAAGCUAAAUUGGGUCAAAAAGCGAUUUCGUCACACGUGAAAUAUAUGGCCGAAGCUGUUGAAGGACGUGGUUGUGAUCGACACUUGCUUGGAGAAAAAUUACCAUCGAUAUUUACUGAUCCGACAUACGCGAAAUCUACACACUGGAAUUUAUCAACUUCCCAACUUUCAUCCGAGCAUUUUGACGGAUAUGGAUGGGGAGAGGUGGUACCAGAUGGUUAUGGUAUCGCAUAUCAAGUCAAUGCAAAUGUUUUAUGUUUCAACGUUGUUUCAAUGCAUUUGAAUAAUCAUCACAUGUGCCACUAUCUUAAAGAGGCAGCGGAUGAGAUGAAACAAGUAUUUGAAAUUGUUCAAGCAAAGGAAGGUCGCGUUCCUUCUAAACUGUAA